AUGAACCAAUCGCCCCAUCCAAAGAACUCGGCCCGCCGUAGAGGCGCUCGCAAUGGCACGCCCCAGAAAACGUAUGCUUCGGAGAAUGACGCCGCCAAUUAUCGUUACCCCCUCUCCGACAGCCCAUACACUCCACAGAGGCUGCCAUCAAAUGGCACUCCUGUGAAUCAUCAGCAACAGCAGCAAGCCCAGUCGGCGACUCAAAAGAAGCCUAGGAACCGGAAUCCCUCUGCCAAGAAGAACAAGGACCACCAAGAUCGUCACAGCCCGAAUCAGCAGCAAGCCAUCCCUCUCGCAUUUGCUGGCGCAUCCUUUCAUGCAUCGCCCGCUCCAAAUUCGCUGCCCAUCCCGAGCUUUCUCGCGAGGACUACAUCAGCUCCCGACUCACCUAGUCUAAAGCUGCCAGGUCCUGGUCCUAGUCAGGAGCCAUCGCCGCCGAAUACCGAUUCAGAGGAGAACAGCUCCCCCAGCCCACCACUGCAUGCAGCAGUUCGCACAGACGAGUCGCCACUCGAGUUCUUCUUCAAGGCUGAUCGAGCGGAGAAGGCUCGGGUUCGCCGUGCCAGCUCAGCAAAUGCGGCCGCGGCCCUCCUUGGUAGCCCCUUCUCUCCUCCUCAGGUGCAUGCUUCUCCGCGAGAGCCAAGUACGUUUCCCAAACUUCAAGGUGCGGCACAAGCGCGACGCCCUCCAAUUCCGCGAAACCCGUCUUCUGGAAUCCCUUCCAGCGAGCUCGACGGGAACCCCGGCAAGCCCCUUGGUCAGGCAUUUUCGACUCCGUACUCUGAACGUAUCAAGGCAGCACGUUCCAGGAAUGCUUCGGGGCAAGGCACACCCUCUGCUCAAGGUCCAGACACACCGGACCGUUCCGAGGCUCUUAAGCGCUUCCUAGGCGUCGGAUCACCUGCGACUCAGAUCCAUCCCUCAUAUGGGCAUCCGCAAUCACCAUCCCAUCACGUUGCGCCGCCUGCCUUCCAGCCUGGCAUGUCUCCUGCCUCUGGGCCAAACAGACACUACUCGAAUGCAUACAGUAGUGGUCCGCAUCCCUCUGCUCUUGGGCCCAUUGAUUUCAGUGCCAAUCAUGUUCGCGGCGGCCAGCCGAACCAAGAAACUCUCCCAACGGAUAAUUAUGCGGACCAAGCUCUCAAGCUGGACGACCAUCUGCGACGAGUCUUGAAACUUGGUCCAAACUGA